CGAGAGCCAGACACUAGUAGUACUGAUAAUUUUAAAAUGGCGAACUUUAUAAACAACAAAGACUUUUGGAGCGAAUUUAUUAAUCUAUAUCGCCAGUUGCCAGAAGUGUGGAAAGUGAAGAGUGAUGUGUACAGAAAUAGAAACAAGAAGAACGUCGCGUAUGAAAAACUAACCGAAAAAUUAAAGGAAAUAGAACCUAGCGCCGAUAGAGAGAUGGUGCGAAAGAAAAUAAAUGUUUUGCGUACUGCGUAUCUGAGGGAAUUGAAAAAAGUAGUGGCGAGCUAUAGAUCUGGCACAGGCACCGAAAAUCUUUAUGAACCAAGUUUAUGGUAUUUUAAAGAAUUAGAUUUCCUCAGAGACCAAGAAAGUCAAUUACCAGGGACUUCUACCAUGGACGAGCCCCAAGAGACUGAAAAUGAAGGCAGGGAUUCUUCUCGGGACGAUGGUAACCCAGAAGCAAAUGCAGCAGAAGAGGAAAAUCCAGAUACUUCUCAAGAAAUAGAAAUGCCGGAAGCUGCCACAGGACGUAGAGCUCCAAAACGAAAAGGGACAACCGAGGAAUCUCAGACCCGAAAUGAAUUAUUAAGAAUGGCUUGCCAACAUCUGCGUGCUUCCAACAAUGAGGUAGACAUUCUAGCGAAAAGUUGGGCACUGGAGCUAGUGAAAAUGUCGCCCGAGCAGCAAAUUCACGCGAAAAAGGCCAUUAGCGACAUCUUAUAUGAAGGGCGUUUAGGAACCCUUCACAGAAAUUCUGUAACAAUAAAUGGGCCAAACUCACGUCUACUUUCAUACGGAUAUUCACCUCAUACAAGUAAUAGUAGUCUAUCUCAAUCAUACCCUCCAUCUCCAGUACAAAUCACCACUCUAGAGAACAGACCACAACAUUCAUCCCAAUACGUGUACCCAUCACAUUCAAAUAAUACAAAAACUCAUUACUCCCCAGCUCCGGUACAGAUAGGCAGACCAGAAGACCCUGUAUUGUUAUUUUAAUGAACGUUAAUAAAGUAAUAAUUACUUACCUUUAUAUAUUUCUUCAAAACCUUUAUGAUUGCGUCACAGGUCUCUAUAAUAAUCUUUCCAAGUGUUUGAGCAGCUAUUGCUGUUUCGAACUUUAAACCCUCGUAAGUAAGCCCAGAAGUAAGGUAUCGUAAAGUUGCAAAUAACCUUUGCUUGGGUGAUAUUGCUUCUCUCAUUAUAGUAUGUUGUUUUUCUAUAAGUGGUGUUAUCAUUACCAAUAAUUCGCCAAAAGUAGUGGGGUCCAUUCGUAAAUAAUUUUUGUAAUCUAGUGGUGAACUCAAUUGAAGUUCCUUGAGGAGAUUUGCGUGGCUAAAAAGGGAUCUUUUCUUCAACCACUCUUUCAUCCAUACUCUCCUCUUCCUCCUUCUUUUUUUAAUACCAACAUCCUCGGAGGUUAUAGCAAUUAUUAUAGCUAAACAGGCCGCUUCGUCAGAUGGCAUGUUUCCGUAUGAACGCAACACAUACAACUGAGGUUUGUAUAAAAUAGCGCACAGUGUAUGGCUAACCAUGUUUGUACAACACUUUGUUGCGCAACAUCAGGUUGCCCAAUAUGUAUGCAGGUGUAUGGGGCCUAUAACGCUUCAAGUAAAUUAAACCGACGAAUCGAGUCACACCGACGACCUACCGAAGCUGUUUUUAAAACCGCCGGCAGAAACGAAACGCGCGCUACCGCUGUGUGUGUUUUCCACUAUUACGUAUAUAUUACAUGACACAUCGACUCGGGAAUUGACUCGUUAAACGCUUCGGUUAAAAACGCCGUGUGUGUCGGUACCCUAAGAGAGAGAUGUUUAACAAACAAUGAGAGAAUAGAAGAAAGAACAGAAAACACUAAUAUAAACGAUACCGAUGUUCCUGGCACUUAUCGGAUUAGUGAUUGUAGCAGGGGCAAAGACAAUACAAGAAAGAUUAUGUAAAAGGGACUGAGUUGAAUUUUAUCAAGUAUGUAAUUAUUAUUACCCUAUUAGACGGAAAUAUGCGAUCGAUAAUCGUAUACGCUACUCAUCGUUUACUUAAAUAGUUAUCUACUACAUGUUACUUGAUUGAUGUACAAAUUGAUGUACAUCUAUUAGUAAUGCGUACGCAUCGAAGAGGGCACUACGGCUUCAUUUAUGUUAAGUAAGGUGCGCCAAUAUAUCGACUCAUUUUCUGUAUAGUGAUGGUACAGUAAUAUUAUUGGUAUGUCAGAUCAUCAAUAUUACCAUCGCAUCUAUCACCGCAAGAAAUUACUAGCACUUCGUCAACACAAGCAAGCAAAUACAUCAAUGCUUACAAAUUUCAGCAAGAAUUUCGUUCUUGUCAAAUGUCAGCAGAAGAUGCCCUACUGGUUGAAGCUAAAUUAACUAGAAGUCAAUACAAGAUUAUUAGAAUGCAAAAUCCUGGCAUAUACCCAUCCUACAAAGUUGUACAGGAAGAGAAAAAGAAAUGCUAUCCAAAUAAGGAAAGUGUAAAUAUCACAACGACUUUAGCAGAAGUUGAAUUACAAGUUUUGCUAAAUUAUACCGUAGAAUGUUUGAUUACUGUAAAAAAGCAUGUCAUAAAUUCACUAGAUGAGAAGGAUUUGAGUAAUCUUUGUUUAAUAACCAAGUGGGGGUUUGAUGGUAGCUCCGGCCACAGUUUCUAUAAACAAGCGUUUCAUGAUUCUGCAGACCUUUAAAAAUCAACUUUAUUAAAGAAUCUUUAAAAGUUUCCAUGCUAGAAAAAAAUAGAGUUGAUAAAGAAAUCAGAAAUUUACAGAACAGUGAUUUAACUUAUAAUGGAAAAUUAAUUUCAGUUAAUCAUAAGUUAAUUUUUUCUAUGAUUGAUGGCAAAGUAUGCAAUUCACUAACUGAAACUUCUUCUACACAUAAAUGCUAUAUUUGUGGCGCAACAUCGAAAAGCUUUAAUUCUAUUGAUCAAAUGAUAAAUAGAGAAAUAAAAUCUGAUUAUUUACAAUUCGGGAUGUCAGUAGUACAUGGUUGGAUUCGAUUUUUUGAAUGCGUUUUGCAUUUAUCUUAUAAAAUCCCCAUAAAAAGUAGCAAGCUCGAGGUAAUGACGUUUUAAAUUGAGGUUAUAAUAGAAAUGAAAAUGGAAGAAAAACUAAUAGAAAAAGUAAGACAACAUGACGUGUUGUACAAUAUUCGGUCCCAUGACUACAGAAACCAAAAUAUGCGUCAAGAGGCUUGGGAGGAAAUAGGGGGAGAUUUGAAAAUCAAACGUAAGUGUACAUUAUUUAUAUAUUAUUUUUUAUUAUUUUUUUUAGUUUUUGUUUUGUUUUUUUCUGUUUCUUUCUCAAUUGUUUUCAUUUACAAUUCUUCCUCUGCGAACUAAAUCUGUUUGCCAGGAGACACUUCCUGUUCGAGAAUUGAAAUAUUCCUUAAAAUUCUCUCGUACUUGGAAUGCAGUUUGGGUACAGUUUCGUUUUAAAUUAUCUACAUUUUGUAAUGCGGUUAGAUGUGGCUCUGGCUGUGAUUCCAAUAGUGUGUUGUUUGGAUCACAUUUAGCAUCUGAGCAUAGCAUAUUAUGCAGUGAACAAGAUGCUAGCACAAUUUUGUCUACCAUUGUUGGUUGUACUUCUAAAGGUUUUUGAAAUACUCUCCAACGAGCAGCUAAUAUUCCAAACGCAUUUUCUACCACUCUGCGUGCUCGGGACAAUCUAUAGUUAAAUAUUUUAUUGGGCUCAUUAUUUGUAAGGUACUGCUUGCUAUAUGGCCGAAGAAGAUAAGAUUUUAAAGGAAAAGCCUCAUCCCCAACGAUAACGUAUGGCUGUGCUUCCCCAUUUUCUAAAAGAGGAGCAUUUUGCGGUACAUGUAAACUGUUAUCUUCUAACUUUUUUCCUAUCAUCGAACGAGAGAAUAUAUUACCAUCGCUAUUUCGACCGUAAAAUCCUACAUCAAUUGAUAUAAACUUGUAUUCAGCAUCAACAAGGGCUAAUAGCACAAUAGAAUGAUUUCCUUUGUAAUUGUAAAAUGAAGAACCUCCAUUUAUUGGACAUCUAAUAUUUAUAUGUUUUCCGUCUAUUGCCCCUAUGCAAUUUGGAAAAUUCCACAACAAGUUAAAUCGUUCUGCAACUUUUUUCCAAUUUUCUUCUGUUGGUGUGGGAAAUACAGUCGAUCCUAAUGUCUCCCAUAUAGCAUCGCAAACUUCUGCUACAAUUUUUCGAACUGUGCUAAAUCCUAACCUGUAGUUAAAAGCGAUGGAGCGAAAUGAAUUUCCGGUUGCCAAAAAUCUGCAAAUAUAAUUUCGUAAAUAUUUUAU